CGUUCUCAAGAUAAAUUACCUCAUUUACCUCAGACUAAUCAGUUCAAAGAUCAUGAAACAAUACAAAAUUACAAACAAGCUAAUUUCCAUUGAAAGGGGAUGUGGUAUGUCAAUUUGUUCAGAUAUGCAGAGGUUGAGUGGCAGACUGUUGCAUAAAAAGUCUCAGCUUCUCUUUCCAAAAACUUCAAGCUGGACUGGAUGACAUCAUGAAGAGGCUGGGUAAUGUCCUGCUGCUCCACAUUUUGAUGUGUCUUGGACAAACUGUCCAUGGGAGUGAGAUCAUAAAUGGGAGAAAAGUUCCAGAGAACUCAAUGCUGUAUAUGGUCUCAGUGCAAAAAAACGGACAUCACGAAUGUGGAGGAUUUCUGAUCAAUGAGUACUUUGUUGUCACUGCAGCACACUGUGGUGGAGAUGACCUUAAAUAUGUUCUUCUGGGAAACCAAAACCUCAAGAGUUCAAAGAUGAAAAAAAUACAAGUUAAUUCCACGUGCAAACCCAAGGAUUAUGUGGACAUAGCAAAUGGUAAUGACAUCAUGCUUCUUCAACUAUCUGAGAAGGUUCCUCUAAACAACACAGUGAAUAAAAUUCCACUUCCUACAUAUGAAAUAACCUUAAGAGAAAAUCAAACAUGCUCUGUGGCUGGAUGGGGUAAAGUUGAUGAGAAUUCUUCUGGUGUGGAUGACCUGAGAGUAGUGAAUGUGUCAAUCAUAAAUUCAAGUGACUGUAACAAGAAAUGGGAAGGUUAUCUUCCACCUAAUGUGAUCUGUGCUGGUGGAUAUGGUACAAACAAAGGAUUUUGUCAGGGUGAUUCUGGUGGUCCUCUGGUGUGCAACGGGAGAGCUGUUGGUGUUGUUUCAUUCAACAGGGGUUUCAGCUGCCACUACCCGGAUGUACCCAACGUCUACACGAAUAUAUCUAAAUAUCUUCAAUGGAUCAACAAAAUCCUCAAUGAAAAGAAAUGUGUAUAAUUUGUUUUCCACACAAUGUUUUGCUCCAGUAUGCAAUCACUGUACAUGGGGGCCAUAAUUGUGCCUCUGGUUUCAGUUGCCCUAUCAGCUUCUGCUCUAAAGCAACAUUGCAGAAUAAAAAACAAAAAUUUACAAAAAAAUGGUUUGUCUUCUUUUCACACAAAACAGAGACAUAAAGGUUGAAUGGCGUCACUUCUGCAAGGUGAUUAAUUUAUUUCAAAAAUAAAAAUAAAAUGUUAAACAAUUAAACAAGAAAUUAGUUUAAUUGACUGCUACAAAUUUGUAAAAAAUUUGUAUAACUCAUGGCUGUUUCAGUAAGGUGCCAGUCACUAGGGAGAGCUGUCACCCGUGACUUGAUUAAUGCAACCGGAUUCCAUGGACUACAUCUAUAAAAAAAGAUAAAAUUAUACAAAUUUUUAAUUUUAAUUAAAAAAAGAGAUCAGCCUAAUUAAAAAAAAUAAAUAAAUACUCAAUUUUGACCUUGCUAUGGUAGUGUUGUACAGUAUGGAAUUGAUUAAAGCGUAAUUAAAAGCUUUUAAAAUAAUGAAAUGUUUCAGUUAAGGUCAUAAUUGAAAUAGAAGAUCCUAUUCAUAUUUGUAUGUCUGACUCCAGAGGAGUCUGUGCCUCACCAGUCAUGAACCUCACCGUACUACACUGAGAAGUGUCCAUCAGGCAAAAGCGAGUCUUGAAGUGUACAUAAAACUCAAUUUAAAAGCAGACAUAAAAGGCUUUAAGGUGCCUGUGACGAGUUCCCACACUUAGAAAUCAGAAUAUGUUGUUCAGGUGGGUUUGGAAGAUCACGAAAGAUAUAAAACAGCGUGACCCAAUGUGAUCUGUGUUGGUGGAUAUGGUAGAAAUCAUUAAGUAACUCCAAACUUUUUUUUGUCUGUCAACAAAACAAUACAAACAAACAAAAUCUGUUCAAUGCUAAGAGCAGAUCAAUGAGAACACUGUGGUAAAGAAACUUCAGCAACAUAAAGCUGUGCAAGAUAGUGACUUCAGCAAGUCACUGGAGCUGUGUGAGGUUCCCUCCUGCUUCAAAAGCUCCACUAUCAUCCCAGUACCUAAGAAACCCACCAUCACAAGAUUAAAUGACUACAGGCCUGUCACCAUGACAUCUGUGGUUAUAAAAUCCUUUGAGCAACUGGUGUUGAAGCACCUGAAGGACAUCACAGGCCCCCUGUUGGAACCCCUGCAGUUUGUUUACCGGGCAAACAGGUAGGCAGAUGAUGCUGUCAACUUGGGUCUACACUUCAUCCUUCAACACCUCGAGGACCCAGGGAUGUAUGGCAGGAUCCUGUUCGUGGACUUUAGCUUGGCCUUCAACACCAUCAACCCAGACAUCCUCCAUCAGAAGCUCAUUCAACUCAAAGUCCUGGUCUCCACCUGUCAGUGGAUCACCAGCUUCCAGGAGGUCCUGCAGCAGCAGGUGAGGCUGGGGAGCAUCUUCUCCCGCACAACAUCAAUAAGCAAUGGUGCCCCCCAGGGGUGUGUUCUCUCCCUGCUGCCCUACUCCCUCUACACAAUGACUGCAUCUCAGUGGAGCCAUCUGGGAAACUCCUGAAGCUUGCAAAUGACACCACUGCUAUUGGUUUGAUCCAGGGCAGUGAUGAGUCUGCAUACAGACAGGAGGUGAAUCGGCUGGUACGCUGGUGAACUUUCUGAGGAACACUACACCCCUCACCAUCCUCAUCAAGGCUGUAUCUGCUGUGAACCAUUAACGGUUCCUAGGGACCACCAUUUCAUGAAACCUGAGAUGGUCCUCACACAUAGGCAAUGUUCAGAAGAAGGCCCAGCAUAGUCUGUACUUCCUGAGGCAACUGAAGAAGUACAACCUUCCACAGGAGCUGC